AUGCGAGCUGGUGGAGGAUCAAUCAUGUGUUUUGGGGCGAUGACAAAAAAUGUGGCAGUCAACUAUCUACAACGUUGCUGUUACUGGCGGAUUGUUCGCAUGGAAGGCCAAGAAACUAGUAGUUCGGAAACUCACCUCGAUUUUUCUGUUCUUCCGGAUGUUCCCCUUCUUCGGGUACUAGAUUACUUGCCAGGACUACAAAUUGAAAAAUGUCGGGGAAUUUCGCGGCUUUUUCAUGGACGUAUUGAUAUGAAUCGGAAAUCGCUGCCCACCGUACAAGUUGAGCCAACUGUCUUCAUCACGAUUUUCUUCAAAGACCGCAAGCCAUGCUGGCGAAGGUAUGGAGCUGCUCCAUUGAAGAAAGCACUCAAGAGAUUCGAUCACAUGUUUCCACGAAUGCAGGUUGAAAGUCUCCAUUUGGAGCUUGAGUAUUUCGACGACACCACGUUUCAUCAAUUGCUGAAGAGGUUUGAGGACUUCAACGUGAAAUGCAAGAAUCUUUUGGUGGUGACGGAGGGACAAAAGUUCCAGUGGAAGGAUCUACGAUCUAUGCUACUUCAGCUUGAACCAGAGAACUUUUCUUUCAUGCUUCGUGGUGAAAAUACCCCAUUGACAUCGUCAUUCUGGCAAGAUAAAUGCAUUCGAGAUCGUCAGGAGCUGUGUAUUUCGGCGAAAAAUGUGUCCUUUGAUGAUCAGGUGCUCUUGAAUUUUGCCUCUCUGAAUUACAUGCUUGGUCGCACUGCUUGUACAUUUAACGGAAUCGCCUCAUUUCUCAACGAAUGGAAAGCCGGAACCCGAGAAGUGACAAAGAUACGACUAUGGGUUCAAUCUGAUCUGAACAUCAGAGCGUUCUUUGCGAUGUUGUCUUGGAAUGUCAAAAUUCCAACGUCGGACUACGGCGAUGAUUUCGAGUAUCAUACAGUUAUUACGAAUUCCCUGGGCAAGAAGCUCGAGCUAUGGAUCGAGGAAAUCACGAAGACGAAGGACUUUUGUUUUGAGAUGAUGGACGACGACUACUACGACGGCUUGUACCCCAGUUGGGACGACCGCUUUUUCUCCGAUCACAACCAGUAUGACGAUCGAUUACGGUUACGUGAUGCGCCGGCUCGCGAGUUUCUUGAUUUUUUUUGGUCGCUGCUUUCGGGGCGUUUGGAGACGAAUACAUGGCGUUUCACUCCUCUCUUUUUCUCUUCAUCCAAGAUGACUAACGAAUUCUCGUUCAUUUUCCGGGCUGAUGAUGCAGAAAUUGUCCUAAAAGUUAUCCGAGACGACUACGGAGCGGGAAUGUCGUAUCUGAAUGGAAAACGAAAUUUCGAGAAAGUGAAAAGGUUUUGUAUU